UGCCCAGUUGAUGGGAUGAAGCUCAAGGGGGGAGAGGGUGGCUGGACUUGACGGCCAGCCAAGGAGGACCUGUUGCCUCUCCUCGACGCCUCUGCGGGGCUUGGGGUGGAGAGGCUCUGGAUGCUCCCAUCCUCCUUGGAGGUCGUCCUGCCUCCUUGGCCCUGCCCUCCCGUCCAAUAAGGAGAGGUUGCCUUGACACCUGCUUAUAUACCGAAGACGGCAGCAGCCUCCAAAUCUCCAGCACUGGGUUGGGGGAAGAGGGGAGAAAAUACACACAUAAACACACACACACCCCUCUCUCCAUACCUAUUUCAAGCCACAGACUUAGGGAGACAGUCGCCCCGUCGGGCAAGGAGGAGAAGGCUCCCGAGACGAUGACCUCCAGCAAAAUUGAGAUGCCAGGUGGGCUGAAGGCGGACCCGGCGGCUCUGAUGGCUUCUCUGCAUUUGCUCCCGUCUCCCACCCUCAACCUGGAGAUCAAGUACACCAAGAUUUUUAUCAACAAUGAAUGGCAAAACUCCGAGAGUGGGAAAAUAUUCCCUGUGUCCAACCCUGCAACGGGAGAGCAGAUCUGUGAGGUGCAAGAGGCUGAGAAGCCUGACACAGACAAAGCCGUGAGGGCUGCUCGCCUCGCCUUCUCUCUGGGCUCCGUGUGGAGGAGGCUCGAUGCCUCGGAAAGGGGGCGCCUCUUGGACAAGCUGGCUGACCUGGUGGAAAGAGACAGAACUCUACUGGCUACCAUGGAGUCACUGAACAGUGGGAAGCCCUUCCUGCAGGCUUUCUAUGUUGACCUUCAGGGCGUCAUCAAGACUUUGCGCUAUUAUGCUGGCUGGGCAGACAAAAUCCAUGGAGCGACCAUUCCUGUGGACGGAGAUUAUUUCACCUUUACAAGACAUGAGCCCAUCGGUGUGUGCGGACAGAUCAUCCCUUGGAAUUUCCCCCUGCUGAUGUUUGCAUGGAAGAUUGCACCUGCUCUCUGCUGUGGCAACACCAUUGUCAUCAAGCCGGCAGAGCAAACGCCGCUGACCGCACUCCACAUGGGAGCCCUCAUCAAGGAGGCUGGGUUUCCACCCGGAGUGGUCAAUAUCGUACCAGGAUUUGGACCCACCACUGGCGCAGCGAUUGCUUCUCAUGUGGGAAUUGAUAAGAUUGCCUUCACUGGAUCCACUGAGGUUGGCAAGCUGAUCCAAGAAGCCGCUGGGAGGAGUAACUUAAAAAGGGUGACGCUGGAACUUGGGGGGAAGAGCCCCAAUAUUAUCUUUGCAGAUGCCGACUUGGAUUACGCAGUGGAGCAGGCACAUCAAGGGGUCUUUUUCAACCAAGGCCAGUGCUGCACCGCCGGCUCCCGGGUCUAUGUGGAGGAGCCCAUCUACGAGGAAUUUGUUCGAAGGAGCGUUGAGCGCGCCAAGAGGAGGGUGGUGGGGAGUCCUUUUGACCCCACCACAGAACAAGGACCACAGAUCGAUAAAAAGCAGUACAAUAAGAUCCUGGAGCUGAUUCAGAGUGGCAUUGCUGAAGGCGCAAGGCUGGAAUGUGGAGGCAAAGGACUGGGGAGGAAGGGAUUCUUCAUUGAACCCACUGUCUUUUCCAAUGUAACGGAUGAUAUGCGCAUUGCCAAGGAAGAGAUCUUUGGGCCUGUUCAAGAAAUCCUGCGGUUUAAAACCAUGGAUGAAGUUAUUGAAAGAGCCAACAAUUCAGACUUUGGACUGGUUGCUGCCGUCUUCACCAAUGACAUCAACAAGGCCUUGACCGUUUCCUCCGCAAUGCAAGCAGGAACUGUCUGGAUAAAUUGCUACAACGCCUUAAAUGCCCAGAGUCCUUUUGGAGGAUUCAAAAUGUCUGGCAAUGGGAGAGAGAUGGGAGAGUGUGGACUGCGAGAAUAUUCCGAAGUGAAGACUGUGACGAUAAAGGUUCCUCAGAAGAACUCGUAAGAAGACAAUGUGCUGAUCACUGCACUACAUCAAGUGACCCUCUGUAUUCCUUUUAUGGGGACUAGCACUCAGGAAUUUUUUAAAAAACGGCGACACAGAUUUCUUUUUUAAAUAGCAUUGCAACCAGGCUUGCCAUUAAGCUGGAUGGGUUUUCACCCCACUGCUGGCCACAAACCACUUGUUUAAUAUAGUACAGUUAGAAAACAUUCAGAAAUGUUCCCACUAUACUAACUGCAAGUAAAUGAUGUUCCUGAAAAGAAAGCCUGUUUUAAACUGACCUUCCCAACCAUCAUGUCCUUCAUUUGCUCCAUUCUUGUAUGACGGGGGCGCUGCAACUGGAUUCAUUCGGGGACCCAAAACUCAGCCAGCACCCACUUACCAGAAAUAUAAGCCCCCAAGGCUGGAGGUGGGCAACUUAACUGGAGAUUGUAAUGUGCGUUCUUGAAAGCAUAAUCCUUUUCUCCCGGAGUGAGCUUGUAUUCCUCCUCAUUUCAGGGAAACUUGCAAAAACACAGUGCUCCAACAGAUAAAACGAUGGUGGAGUUUUGGAUUCUCUCUGUAGCUGCAGAUGUUUCUUCGUAAGGAAACAAUUUCCCUUUCGGAUCUUACAUGAAGUGCACUUGCAGUAUAACAACCACCACCACCUCCCCCCCCCAAGGAAAAGGCUGGUUGUGUUUCCACAUGCGCUUCUAGACAGAAAGGCAGGAGCUGGGUGAGAGGAAAGGGGCCACUUCAGACACCUGCUCCCAGGUGGAGUUAUGUGGGAGCAGAUUCCUGGAACUGGACCCUCUUCAGCUGCAAGCUGGAUUUCUACCAUCAGUGUUGCAGUUCAUGAUGGGCAGCAAACAUGAGGAGGAAGAGCAUGCCUGGAACCCCAUGGCAGAAUCUGCACCAAUGGAGCUGUGGGAGAAUGGAAACGAGCCCAUUGCAUCCCUGGGGGCAGUCCCAAACCCUGAGCAGAAUUUGAGGUUUUGAUGUUCAAAUGGGCAGGUUAACUGCAACCUCACAGCUCCCUCUAUUUAGACAAGGGGCUGCUGUCAGGCAUGUUCUGCAUCAUUUUUGCCCCUCUUCGUCAUGCUCUGCCUAGCACCCCCAAGUCAGUGGCAGCAGCUGAGAGACAAACAACGUGGUGACAUCACACCAUAUGAUAUGUUAAUGUGUGGGGAAAGGAGCCCCAUUGCAUCCAAAAUGGCUUUUGCUGAUUUGGCCCCUGGAGCAAGGAGGAACCUUCCUCUGCCUUUUUCUGGCUUCUUUGCAGGCAGGUCCUCAUUUCACUCAGGAAGGUAGAACAGUGGCAAGUGACCUCGGCUUUCUGUGGCUUUCACUCUUGACUGAAGCCUUGCAAAACAUAAAAAUGAAAAGGAUCCUUUUACCAUGGUUCUGCAGAACAGUGGUCUGACUUGAGAAAUUGCAAAGUGUUGCGUGUGUGUGUGUGUGUGUGUGGCUACUCUUAACCAUACCAUUUCCAAGUACACUUGCCAGCCCUCCUCUUGUGAAGGAAGGACAUGCUCUGCUGCUCCUCCUUCCAUAAUAGUUUCAACAAAGGUAUUCAACAGUUUUUGCCUGGCCUUUGAGAAGCACUGGAUUGAGGGCCGAGGGGGCACAAAAUUGAGAAGAUCCAAGUUUUGGCCUCCCACGGGGUGCCGUAUUACGAAAGAUGACUAAAGUCUUCCCCUGUUUUGAGUGCCACCUCCUUUGGAGCCAAAGCCUCUCGUUGCUACUUGAAUGAGAAAUCUACAGUACUUGUUUUUUAUUCCCCCAAACCAACAUAGCUCCUGUUGCAUAAGGAUAUAAAUGCAUGCAGAAGGGGACUCCUGGGUGAUGCCAGGUAAGCCUCAAUGGCACCAGCCCAGGGUGUGGGCACUGCAACAGCGUGGUUUCCCUCAAGGAGGCCUGAUCCACAUACAGAGGCCCACAACGUCAUCACUUUACCACUUUUUCUAAUUGUUCCACUCAGUUCAUCUGUUUGUGCUGCUAACUACAGAACCAGGGCUGAACCAAGAGGCAGUCACCAAAGUUGGCUACACUCAUUAACUAACUCCCCUCUUUGUGUGAACCUCACAAUAAAUAACCCUGUGAGGUAGGUUAGGGUGACAAACAGUGAGUGGCCCAAGGUCACUCAGUAAGCUCUAUGGUGUAAUGGAGAUUUGAAUGCGGUUUUCUCUCAUUCAAACCCAGCACUCUACCGAUACAUCAAGGUGGAUCCCGGUUCAUUGUGUGGUUUAAACACAUGGCUCUAGUUUACACUAGUGGCUGCAAAACCAUUUAGAACUCUGGGCACAUCUGGAUUUUUCAGUGAGUGAUGUGAUUGUCACCCCUUCUGGUCACAGAUCUAGCAGAGUUAAUGUCACUCUUCCAUCUUCCUCCUUCAGCUCUAUGUACUUUUCAAUGGAGAAGAAGUUAACCACCCUUUCCAGAAAGAGGGGAAUUCAGGGGUUUUAUGGGCACCAGGGAAAGACCUACAGGGCACAACUGAGCCCAUGGACUGAUGUCUCCUGAUUUACACCACCUUUCAGCCAGGGGUGAUUUCAAAGGCAGGAGUCCUUUGUUCUAGAUGAAAGAUGGCGGCCUCAUGUUCUUUAUAAAGGAGAAAACAAAUUCAAAGACCUUUGUUUGCAUGUUAUCCCAGCGGGAACAUCCCACAUCUGACAAAAUCAUGUCUGGAUGAGACAUAGAACAAAUGUGAAAUAUAGUGGCCAAUCAUGAAACAGAAAUAUCAGCAGUUUUUGGACACAAUUUACCAGGAAUUGGGCCAAAGCACAGAAUGUCCCCAAGGGUGGUAUUCAGAGGCGGUUGAAACACCAGUGCAAAAGUUGCAUUUUUUACUGGUUGAUUGAGGGGUUUUUCUGGACUUUUGAAAGACAGCUGUGUGUACUCAGCUGUCCAUGUUUGCUACAGCAUCUUUACAAAAAAUGGAUCUCCCAAAAUGAAUCACUUUGGGUCAAAAACUCAGACAGAAACUCUGGACACUGAAAAGGUUCAUCCGCUCUAAGCUGAAGGGUUGAGAGUUAGUUAAUAAUGAACCUGUCCUGGCCAUUGGAAAGUCGUCAUGAGAAGGGGUGAGAGCUUGGCAUAAAAGGAGACCAAGGCAGCCUCUUGCUCCACACAAGGAUCCAGUUCAAGUGUGCAAGCUCAGCAAAGUACUUGAAACAUUCAAGUGCAAGCUCAGCAAACAACCUGAAACAUUCAAUGCAAAAGGCUCCUCUUCCCACUACAUCACAUGGAGCACCCUCUGCCAGGAAGUUCCCCUGCACAAGCUCCAGUGGCAUAAGUAUGAGUUGCACAAAUGUGCUCUUGCACAAUGCACACUCGUGUCAAAUGGGCUUGCCCAGGAGAACUUUCCACUGGAAUGGUGGGGCUCCGUGUCUCCCUCUCUGCCACCUCCUUCGUGGUUCUCUCCACCUCCCAUCUCCCCUCCCUUCCUAGCCCAGCGCUCUCUGCAUCCUACCCCCGUGUUUGAUAUUUAUGCCAUCCUUGUUUGUCUCCAAAUAUAGAUAUAUAUUUUUUGCUAGAUGCAUAAUUCAUGCUGUUCUUUUCCGAACGUGGAGAUGCAAUUGCAAGCUUUACCAGAGCUGUGCAACAUGAAUGUCAUAUACUCCUAUUGUAGGGUUAUGUCAGAGUUUUGUUUUCUUUUUUAAAAGAAAUACGCUUUGAGAAAUUAGUUUUCUUAUUAUCGCCAAUAUUCAUUGUGAAGGGAUAAUUUCCAUUUCUUUUUCUGUUACAUGCCUUUGGAAGAAACUCGUGCUAGCAAUAAGCAUUUAUACUGUGUACUCCUCUGUAUUAUAUGUGUAUUGUCUAUUGUUUGUGUGUUAUUUCAAAUAAAUUCAGGUAACAACUGAAGUUGCCAUUUUUCCCACCACCCUCAACCCACACGAGUCGGUGAAAUUUAUGUUUUCAUUUGCCAAAUACAUCAUGUGCAGCUCAAGAGCACCCGCCGACAGUCUUCGAAGUUUCCUGCUAUCAAUUUUAAUCCUGUCUAUGGUUAGAGACGACAAAUGAAAACAGGUUAUUGAAGUCUUUACUGUUAAGUUUCCCUUAAAGGGCUUCCGAGG